AUGCAUUCGACUCACCACCAAGUCUCUUUAGAAUACACGCUUCCGACGCCCCACCUUGAUAAGCCCCUGACGCUUCCUCGGGAAAUUCAGCUUAGCCGAAACCUCAAGAUUUCUGGUGAACCUCAGUCCAAAAAGCCGACUUAUUCCAAUACCCCAAUCACACCACAAGCACACAGGUUGAGAAACUAUGACGAGCCAUUAGCCGACGUUCUUACAAAGUCAAGACAAAUUAUCAAAAGCCACAACUUGCAGCUGACACCUCUGUCAACUUCUACAGUACCGCAGCGGCGGAAGAGCAUCCGUAUUGGAAAUGACGAGCUUCUGAUCAACGACACCCCGAUACCCAAUAAGACAGUCGUGUUCGGUCCAAGAGUCCGCCAUCAGGCUGCCUCUACUCCGCAGAAUUCAUCAAAAGAAGCUCAACUCAGAAAACACCAGCUGUUCCUGAAUCUUUUGAAAUCGAAACGUCUGUUACGAUUUGAUAAUGGUGUUGCCGACGAACUGAUAAACUAUGAUGAUUUAGCUUGCCAUGUCCUGGGUAUUUUGAAAAUGGCGGUUGAUCUGACUAUGUUGGAUGGUCUGUUCCUGUUGAAUGAGUCUUCUUUCUUCCAUGGCAGAGUUCAAGGAGAAGAUAGUGUAUUGGCUACUCUGCGAAAAGGCACUUCCAAGGUUGAGAUAACUAUGGCAGACAUCACCGCGGCGGUCGAAGGAUAA